AUGGAGAAGAUUAUAGAAAGAUAUGAAAAGUUUACUAAUGCCUUGUAUGUGGCAGAGAGGCCCCAAAUAGAACGAUACUUGCAGGAGCUGAAGAUGGAAAUGAAUAGAAUGGUGAAGAAGAUUGAUCUUCUUGAAGUUCAUCACCGUAAGCUGUUGGGGCAAGGUUUGGAUUCGUGUUCAGUGACAGAACUUCAAGAGAUAGACACUCAAAUUGAGAAAAGCCUUCGUAUUGUCAGGUCCAGAAAGGCUGAGUUAUAUGCAGAUCAACUGAAAAAGCUAAAAGAAAAGGAGAGGGAGCUCUUGAACGAGAGAAAAAGGCUGCGUGAAGAGCAAAUUAGAGAAAUGUUGAUGCGACCGGUGGUACAACCAACUUUACAAAUCUGUGAUAAGGGUAAAACUGAAGGUGGUUGCAGUACCAAACAUUCAUCAGAGGUUGAAACCGACCUAUUUAUUGGAUUGCCCGUGACUCGGCUAUAACAUAUUUACUUCGGUUCCAUGUUUGUACAAUAUAAUGCUUCCAUAUAGUUUAUUGUUUUCUGAGUGCUCUGGCGAUCUCUUAAUAUAUGUGUAUAAACUGGAAAUAAUUUGACAAGUACAAGCUGUCAUUUUAGUUUA